CAGAGAUCGGCAGCAUUUCAUUAUUAUUAUUUUAUUUUUUUUGCAUAAGCAAAACCAUAAUUCAAGCUGCUUCAAUUUAACUUAGAGAAGCAACAUUACGAUAGUCGCGUUUGUCUCUAUCAGGAGUACCUUGCAGCUGGACUUUUGUGCACAACCCAAAAAAAGCACCAGGAGAACAUGACCAGAGUUGUUUGACUCCUUGCACAUGGGCAAAGCAAGGACCACUGGUGGGAAGAGAGUAGAGACUUCUGUGCAUCCACUCCUGUUGUCUUGAGCAGCCCGUGGUAGCCUUCAACUUCAAUCAAGAGACAGAGGUGGAGUCAGAGCCAGAGGAAAUCUCAGCUAGAGUAGACAUCAUUAGCUGUUGCCCUGGCCCCAGCCUGAGGAACCGUCCUACAGGGAACACUCCACAUCAUACCGCGAGUGAGAAGAAAAAACAUAUCUUCGAUGUCUCCCAUGGAUAUCACUGGGUUAGGAACAUUGCUCCUUGUGCUCAUAUCCAUCAUUUCCUUCAUGUACCUGACUUGGAACCAAAUGUACAGGAAACGUAACCUUCCUCCAGGUCCAACACCUCUUCCACUGAUCGGAAAUCUGCUACAUAUAAAGUUGGGUGAAAUGGCAGGAUCAUUAAUAAAGCUUUGGGACAAGUAUGGCCCAGUCUAUACAUUGUACCUUGGCUCACGGCCUGUGGUUUUCAUUUGUGGAUAUCAGGCAGUGAAGGAAGCCAUUGUAGAUCAAGCAGAAGAAUUUGGCGGUCGUGGAAGACUUCCUACAAUAGAUAAAUUUACUCAGGGAUAUGGAAUUGGUUUUGCAAAUGGGGAAUGCUGGAAGCAAAUGCGACAUUUCUCGCUUAAGACCCUAAAGGACUUUGGACUUGGAAAGAAAACCACAGAGUUGAAGAUUCAAGAAGAGGCAGAGAAUCUGGUGAAUGAAAUAAAAAAAACAAUUGGUUUACCAACGGAUCCAUCCAAACUGAUUAUGGAUGCUGUAUCCAACAUAUUUUGCUGUAUUAUAUUUGGGAACCAAUUUGAUUACAAGGAUGAGAAAUUCUCAGAGAUCUUCAGAUUUGCAGAAGAGGUCUUUAGUCUAAUGAGCACAACUUGGGGGCAGAUGGAAGAAAUAUUUCCAGAGCUAAUGAAAUAUAUCCCAGGGCCACACAAAAAGAUCAUAGCUGUAUCAGAAGAAAUGGUUGCGUGUAUACAAAAGAGAGUGGAGAUCAACCAAGCAACAUUAGAUCCUACUUGCCCCAGGGAUUAUAUUGAUUGUUUCCUUAUCAAGAUGGAAGAGGAAAAACACAAUCCUAACACAGAGUUCACCAUGAGAAAUCUCUUGAUAUCAAUUCACAGUUUACUUCUUGGUGCUACAGAUACUGUUGGUACCACGCUGAGGCACGCACUUUUAAUAUUAUUGGUAUAUCCUGAGAUUCAAGCCAAACUUCAUAAGGAAAUUGACCAGGUGAUUGGAAGAAAUAGAUUUCCACUGGUGUCUGACCGGAGCCAGAUGCCUUAUACAGAAGCUGUGAUCAAUGAAGUCCAGAGAUUUGCUGAUAUUUUCCCACUAAAUGCAGCACGUGCAGUGACAAAAGACACCCAGUUUCGAGGAUAUACAAUUCCCAAGGGAACUGAUGUCAACGCAUUGCUGUGUACUGUUCACCGUGAUCCCACCCAAUUCUCGACACCGUACAAAUUCAACCUCAACCAUUUCUUAGAUGAGAAUGGUGGAUUUAAGAAGAAUGAUGCUAUGAUGGCUUUUUCUGCAGGAAAGCGGAGAUGUCCCGGGGAGGGACUCGCUCUUAUUGAGCUCUUCCUAUUCUUCACCUACAUCCUGCAAAACUUCACCUUACGCUCAGACAAAAAGUUUACCGAUGAUGAAAUAGCCCCGACAUUAACUGGAUUUGUAAAUCACCCCAAACCUUUUCAACUCUCUUUCAUUGCUCGAUAAUUUUUUUGGCAAAUUGCGAAACAAUUUACUUUUCAAAGUAAUUGAAAUUUUGGCCCACAAAUUCUAUCUUACUUUGUUGAUGUCAAUGUUGAUCAUUAAUAUCUGUAAAUAUGGACCUUAUUACUUAUGAAAUAAUACCAACAUUUACAUUUCUGUCUUUGCUUCUUUUAUAAAUUAAAGAUAAAUUAAAUAUAUUAUGAAAUUUCCAGA